AUGGAUGGUAUAGAUGGUACAGAUCAUUUCACAGGAGGCGUCAAAGGUCCUUCUCCUUCAUGCCUCGUCAUCAUCCUAGAUACCAAUCCGCACGCGUGGGAAAUUCUCUCAUCGACUCUUCCUCUCUCGAAAGCGAUAGCCAAUCUCCUCGUUUUCGUAAACGCACAUCUCGCUGUCAACAAUGCCAAUCAAGUAGCCAUAAUAGCUAGCCAUUGUCAUCGUGCAGUAUGGCUUUACCCAGCGCCGUCUUCUGCGUCGGAAGAUACAGAAAUGGGAGGCUCGACUACCCACGGCCCGCCGGAUGACGCAAAUAAAUACAGGCAAUUCGCACUCAUCGAGAAUACCCUCCUAAACUCUGUACGAAAUUUGAUAGAUAGUACAACCGAGCAAGAAGUAUCUACUACAACCACCACCCAAAUGGCCGGUGCCCUCACCCUCGCCCUCUCAUAUAUAAAUAAACAACUAUCAGCCUACAGCGAUGUCUCAGCUGCUGACUCUAAACCCACUACCUCCGAUGUCACCCCCUCCGAUUCUACCACCGGGUUGCAAUCGCGAAUUCUCGUUCUCUCAGUGUCCGGUGAUCUCGCACAUCAAUAUAUCCCAAUCAUGAACACCACAUUCGCUGCACAGCGCAUGCGGAUUCCAAUCGAUAUAUUGAAACUCGCGGGUGACACUGUAUUUCUACAACAAGCUAGUGAUACUACUAGGGGGAUAUAUGUGCAUUUGAAAAAUCCACAAGGAUUAUUACAAUAUCUAAUGAUGGCGUUCUUGCCCGAUCAAACAAGUCGAAAAGAUUUAAUAGCGCCAACGCAGGAAGUGGUAGAUUUCAGAGCUGCGUGCUUUUGUCAUAGGAAGGUGGUGGAUGUGGGUUUUGUAUGCAGUAUAUGUUUGAGCAUCUUCUGCUCGCCCCCCGAAGGCGCCAUCUGCCUAACAUGUUCCACGCACCUCUCCCUCGGAAAUUACGGUGCUAAACCUGCCGUUGUUCCACGCAAAAAGAAGAAGAAGCGCAAGAUUAAUGGUACGGGUGUUGAAACGGGUAGUGCCAGGGGUACUCCUGCGCCAGGGGAGUAA